AUGUUUGCACGGUGCUCGGCUGGGGCAUCGCGCAACUCGAAGUAUGCCUCAAAACGGCUUCCCUUGAGACGCUGCACGCGGUCCAAUUCCUCUACCUCUGCCGGCACACCAAAGUCUCCGCCGCAUACACAAGAUCGUUCAAGGUCGAAGUAUGCCCCACGUCGGCUCGUCAUCGCAAUCUUUUCUGGCGCAGGUCUCAUAGCAGGCUGGCAGCUGUAUAAUAUAUAUGGCAAAGACAGCUCCUUCGCCGCAUAUUCGCUGCUCUCCAAAGAACGAGUGUCGUCGACUGCCAGCAUAUUCCACCUGAAGCCGGAAGGAGGUGCCCAAGAUUUUGAGCGGUACACAGACGCCCGGAAGAGGGGUAUCUGGAAUGUCCAUUUCAAACAACCGCAACUGCAGAUCGUCCGAGCCUACACUCCUCUGCCGCCACUGGACUCGGUGGGCGGUGAAAAACAGCGAGAAUUGCGGUUCUUGAUCAGGAACGACCCGCAUGGCGAAGUUUCAGGUUACCUACACAGACUGCCCAUCGGAGCCGAGGUCGAGAUGAGGGGCCCCAACGUCGAGUACGAGUUCAACCCGGACGUCCGACAGAUCGUUUUUCUUGCUGGGGGAACGGGGAUCGCUCCGGCUCUACAGGCCGCGUAUGCUCUGUUUGAAGGAAACAAAGCGAUAGAUGGAGACCAGACGAACAAGGACAAAAAGCUGCAUAUUUUGUGGGCCAGCAGGAUGCGGGAAGACUGCUUAGGCGGUGUCAGUGAUGCUCCUCCUGCCGAGACUGUUCCUCCGAAGCCGACGUGGUCUGGAUUCUUCUCGACACCCAAAGCAAAACCUCCACCUCCAGUCUCCCAAGAACAGGGCCUCCUGGUCAAAGAGUUGGAGGCUCUGAAGAAAAAAUAUCCCGGCCAGGUCACUGUUGAAUACUUUGUGAACGCCGAGGAUACUUGGAUUGACGAAGACGCCGUCCUUCGAGCGCUGUCGCGAUUCGACGGCAAGGACUUCACAACCGGGAUGACCACGCCACAAGAGCAGCGCCAAAUUCUCAUCUCUGGGCCUCCAGGGUUCAUCUCCUAUCUCGCAGGUCCGAAAGAAUGGAGGAAUGGACGAGAGGAGCAGGGCAGCGUCAGCAAAAUCGUCGCCCAUGCCAUCUCGAAAAACCCGCACAAUGUCAAGGUCUGGAAAAUAUAA